GUAAUGAAGACACGAACGGCACUAAAGACAUGAACAGUACUAUUCCGAUUCCAGGCAAUGGGUUGCCAGACAAUAGUUCAUCCGUUGUCACUGCAUCAUCCACAGAAUCUACAUCAACAUCUGCAGGAGAGGAACUGAAUUUUCAUAAUUGUAACAAGGUGUGUCUACCAGUACUGCUCAUCUGACCAGUGCCAGUCAGCCCAACACCACCACCACGUCUGUGAUCCUGACAACUCAGCCCACCAAAACCAACCAGACAGCAACACCUACCGCAGCUUCACCAGUCACAUCGCUACAAGCCAAUAUUACAGUGGUGACCACUUCUAAGACUUCCUCCACUUCCGUAACAGCUGACCUGUAUCUCAAAAUAUGUCAACUGGCUUGGUAAAAAGACUGAGUUCUGUUAGCAGUGUAAUGAAUGUUACCCUAACAGAGAAUAGAGCAUGACUGCAUGGGUCACCCCUUAUGUAAAAGCUGUCAAAUACAGUUUAACUGUACCCAAUAAUGCAAAAACAGUGAGUGCAGAAUUCAGUAUUUCUUUGCACUUAGCUUUGUUCCCAUCACUUCAUGCUUGCACUUCUAAACACAUCAGGAGUGCUCCCGUGUCAGUGGAGUGUCUUUGGGUAGGUGAAGGUGUCACCAGAAGAACUUGAUCAUGUAACACUGUAUGUAGCAAGUACAAACAGAAGUGGGCACAGACUGGGUCUUUAGGUGGGAGUUUGUAGCAAAUGUAACCAGUUAUAGCAGCGAAACAGCUAUGGCUUAUCUGAGGUCAUGUUGUGUCAAUGUUUGUGUCGGGCUGUGUGGUGGUGUGAGAAUUGUUUUAUUAAGUUAUGAAGUUAUUUUUGUAAGAUUUUUAAGUUAUUUUUAUAAUGGUUUAGUUCACUGUACACCCCUGUGUUCUGCAUUGGUUUUCCCUUCUGCAUCGGUUGUUUUGUCUAUUGUAAAACCCGACGUUUUCUGUCAUUCAUCCCUUCGCUGCACCUGUCGCUGUCAAUCCCCGCCCCCCCCCUCCUCGUGGUCGCCUGCCUGUUACUCAGAGACCCUUCCCUGGCUUCUAGAAUCCUCAGGGAAGGGUGCCGAGUGAUAGGCUGGGGCCCGGGAGACCCCCUCCCAUCAUUUUGUGAUUGGUCCCCAGUUCCAUGGUUCACACCCCCGGUUAACCCCCCCGAUCCCUGUGACUGGCUGACCGGUUGUCGCCACCCCCGUUUCCACCCCACUUUAAAAGCUCGUGCACGCCUGCCCCCGGGGUCUCUUCUGGGCUGUGGGUCAGAGAGUGCUGAGCCCCGUGCUGCCUCUCCCCCUGAAUAAAAUCCUGUUUAACUGAGCCCAGAGGAGUCCGCCUUUUGAUUAGCUGCCGUGGGUUGCAUACGCCAUCUGCUGGCCGUCGCUGAGAGGGGAACCAAGACCCACAGGGAGGAGGUGGCUCACCCGGUUUGCCACCCCGACCUCACACGUUGCCGCGGUGCAGGAGACUGAGCUAGCCCGUGGCCGCGCUCAUCAGCGCAAGGAACAGCACCGCGACAGCGGUUGGCGCCCAGUUCGUGGGGCCCCCACCCUCAGGACACGAGGCGGACCCCGCGGCACGGACUGAGGCUGCAAGAGCCUGAAGAAAAGUCCUUGGACGCCCCGCUACCCUUGGUCGAGCGGCUUCGUAAGAUCACGCUCCCAAGGGACGAAGAGGACAGCCUGAAGCGCCCAGCAGGUCCUCUUCAGGCAGUUAAUCUCGAGACCCCAGGCUUUAUCGCAUCCCAGGAGGGGGUAAGCCUUCUUCGUGAGGGGGCUUACUUUCGGAGGGUGCUCCCGGUGUGGAGACCCUAAUUUCGGGAGGGAUCCUCCAGGAGUGGGGGGGAUCCCAGGCUGCGCAGCUCGGGGGGGUGGUGGUUAGCCUCAUCCCCCUGCGGAUUACUCUCCUCGGGGUGCUCUUUUGUUCUUUUUAGUUUUGUAAACUUUAAGUUUCGGGCAGUUGUCUUUUGGGUGGAAGUGUCCACAGGGGUUUUAGACACUGCGAUUUUAUUUUUCGGUGCGGACCCCCCGGGUUUGGGUUUCAGGUUUUGCCCGGUUUUAGGGGAGUGACCUCCGCGUUCAUUUUCUGUUAAGUUUGCUUUUGUCUGGGUGUCAUCGAGUGGGCAGCAGGCAAGGGGGAUUUGUUAGGUGUCCCCGAGCCCCUGAUUUUGGUUUCGGUUUCGGAGAGAUGGGCGCAAAACUCUCCGCUGCCCAAAAAGGUGUGUAUUAUAGUUUUAAGUUGGUUGUGGAGCUCGCCCAGUUAAAGGUUUCGAGGGGCGAGCUCAAGGGGUUUGUGAGGUGGCUUUUCCUGCACUUUCCUCAUGUGUCCCCGGAGCAGGUGUACAGCCCCAAGUUUUGGACGGUUGUACAAAACAAAAUCCAUAAUUUGGCACUCUCAGGGGACAAACAAGUCUCCAAAUUCCUCAGUUUGGCUUUGCAGCUUUCAGCUGCUGUUACACAAAUGAAUAGGAAAGUGCAGAAACAGCCACGUCCAAGACAACCUGCCCUUUGUUCUCCCUGUCCCUCCGUCCCUUCUCCUUGUCCCCAGAAGAGAAUUCUGAAGGGAGCAGCAGGACCCCAACCUGCUGGCUCAGGCUCCCCCAGGAAUUCUCGACCCCCCCGCCCGGGCAGUCCUAGCCAGACUGCUCGGGGUUUCUUGGGCAGCCCUGGCCGGGAUGCUCAAGAAUUCCACCCUUCCCCAUCUUACCCAGUUAAUAAACCUCAUGUUAGAUUUAGUCUAGCUGAGACUCCCCAACCACAAAAUGGCUCCCCUACCCCUUAUCCCCAAGAUGGAGGAGACCGCAUGGCACGGUCUUCCCCAUCCCCCUACCCUCCUUCCUUCAAUCCCUUUCUUCCUGCCCUUGAUGAGCCCAACCCCUUCCUCUCCUCAGCCCCUCCUAUCCCCCAAAAGACUCCACCCAUGCUUCCUCCCUCUUCCAAGACCACUCCCACAGCUCCUCCCAGCUACUCCUCCCACGGGAACGCCCACAUGACAUCAUCGGGUUCCCAAACCACGCCCCCUGCCGGAAGACCUGCCUCCUCGGCUUCUGGUUCCCACGCUCCCCCUGCUGGUUCCCACGCUCCCCCUUCCGGUUCCCACGGUCUGGGCCCGGAGGGGGCGGGGCCAGGGCCUGAGCCUGCAGGGAUGCAUGAGCCUUCCCCUGUUCCUUUGGUAUCCCCAGUCGUUUAUAAAGGCUCCCGAGGAGGGCAGCGGGUCCGAGCGAUCCAUCACCCGUUCCCCCAGUCCACCAUCCGGGAUCUGUGCAAGGCCCAUCGAGAUUAUGGGCGGGACAGCCCCUAUUUCAGGGGUUUGCUCCGUUCAGAUCUCGAUGCUGCUGUCGUUAUUCCUGCGGACCUGAAGCAGCUGUUCUCCUGCCUGCUUGACUCAACAGAGUUCAAACUGUGGGUGGCAGCAUGGAGGCAGCAACUCAGGGAGGCCUUGCCCAGUCUCCUCCGAGACCCGGAGACUGCGGUGGACGACAACGGGAACCCCCUCACUUUAGAACACCUUAUGGGUGAGGGGAGAUGGGCCGACCCAUCGGACCAAACCUCAGAUAUCCCCAUCAAAGCCCUCCAGAUUGCCAGGGAGCAUGCGGUCUCCGCAUUUUUUGGAAUGGUGCCAGACGGCCCGGUCGUACCCUAUUACAAGAUCAUGCAGGGGGCCAAGGAAAGUUUCACUAAGUUCGUCGAGCGGCUCACCCGAGCAAUCGAGGUGCAAGUAAUGGAAGUGGCGGUAAGGGAUGGGAUCUUGAGAGAGAUGGUGUUUGCAAAUGCAAAUAACAUGUGCCGGAGUGCAAUUUUGAGUCUCCCUCUGGACCCCCCUCCAACCCUUCCGGAUAUGCUCAGGGUGUGUCAGCUAAAGGUCCCCUACAUGCAGGGAAACGACCGGGAAGGGAAAUCAAUAACACCAAGAGUUUCAGCAGUGUCUGGCACCCAAGGACCGACACGCGGACCGUAUGUGCCCCAGAAGAACCGGUGUCUAAUCUGCCGGGAGCCCGGGCACUGGGCGAACACCUGCCCACUGCGGGAUGCCGUUGAAGCUUUGAAAAAGAAAAGGGGGGAAGGCGGGGGGAGUGGGAACAGGGGAGGGUCGGGAGAUAGCUCCCGACAGUUAAACUAA